AUGGUGAUGUUCAAGGUUUCAUCUGUGGAAACAACGCCGUUUAAUGACCAGAAGCCGGGAACUUCUGGUCUCAGGAAAAAGGUGAAAGUAUUUAAGCAACCCAAGUACUUGGAAAAUUUUGUUCAGUCUACAUUUAAUGCACUUGGAGCCGGCAAAGUUAGAGGUGCUACACUUGUAGUUUCUGGUGAUGGUCGCUACUAUUCAAAGGAUGCUAUCCAGAUAAUCAUUAAAAUGGCAGCUGCAAAUGGAGUAAGACGUGUUUGGAUUGGUCAAAAUGGAUUGCUAUCUACUCCUGCUGUAUCAGCUGUUAUACGUGAAAGAGUUGGGCCCGAUGGAUCUAAGGCAAAUGGAGCUUUUAUAUUAACUGCAAGCCACAAUCCUGGGGGGCCACAUGAGGAUUUUGGAAUUAAAUACAACACGGAAAAUGGGGGACCUGCACCAGAAGGAAUUACUGAUAAGAUCUUUGAGAAUACUAAAACAAUUAAGGAGUACUUAAUUGCAGAAGGCCUGCCAGAUGUGGACAUCAGCAUAAUAGGUGUGACUAGCUUUAUGGGCCCUGAGGGACAAUUUGACAUUGAUGUUUUUGAUUCAGCAAGUGAUUAUGUCAAGUUGAUGAAGUCCAUUUUUGAUUUCCAGUCUAUCCAGAAGUUGCUUACGUCUCCGAAAUUCUCUUUUUGUUAUGAUGCACUUCAUGGAGUUGCUGGGGCUUAUGCUAAACGUAUAUUUGUGGAAGAGCUGGGUGCAAAUGAAAGCUCUUUACUUAAUUGUGUGCCUAAGGAAGACUUUGGUGGAGGGCAUCCAGAUCCCAAUCUGACCUAUGCAAAAGAGUUAGUUGCACGUAUGGGACUGGGUAAGACAAACUCUGAACAGGAGCCACCGGAAUUUGGUGCUGCUGCCGAUGGAGAUGCAGACCGCAAUAUGAUCCUCGGGAAAAGGUUUUUUGUUACUCCAUCUGAUUCUGUUGCUAUAAUUGCUGCAAAUUCCGUUGAAGCGAUACCUUACUUUUCUGGGGGCCUAAAAGGAGUGGCAAGGAGCAUGCCCACUUCAGCUGCUCUUGAUGUUGUUGCUAAACACUUGAAUUUGAAAUUCUUUGAGGUGCCCACUGGCUGGAAAUUCUUUGGUAACUUGAUGGAUGCUGGAAGGUGCUCAGUCUGUGGUGAAGAAAGUUUUGGAACUGGCUCCGACCAUAUACGUGAGAAAGAUGGAAUCUGGGCUGUUUUGGCUUGGCUAUCUAUUCUGGCCUAUAAGAAUAAAGAUAACCUUGGGGAAGAGAAGCUUGUGACUGUUGAAGACAUUGUUCGCCAGCAUUGGGCUACUUAUGGACGCCAUUAUUACACUCGAUAUGAUUAUGAGAAUGUUGAUGCAGGUGGUGCAAAGGAACUGAUGGCGCAUUUGGUCAUGCUGCAAUCCUCCCUUGAUGAAGUUAACAAAAUAAUAAAGGGAAUACAUUCGGACAUGUCGAAUGUUGUCAAUGCCGAUGAAUUUGAGUACAAAGAUCCGGUUGAUGGUUCCAUUUCAAAGCAUCAGGGUAUCCGGUACCUGUUUGAAGAUGGAUCCCGAUUGGUUUUCCGGCUUUCUGGAACUGGUUCAGAGGGUGCUACCAUCCGUCUUUAUAUUGAGCAAUACGAGAACGAUCCAGCCAUGACGGGGAGAGAUUCUCAAGAAGCACUUGCUCCUCUGGUUGAGGUUGCUCUUAAGCUGUCUAAGAUGCAAGAAUUCACCGGCCGAUCUGCUCCAACUGUAAUUACAUAA